AGUGUCAUUUCUCUUAGCGCGAGACAAGGAGAACAGUGGGGAGGUGAGAAAAACGCACGAGCUGAUCACCUGCUAAAACAGCACGCGGAAAAAAGAAAGUUCAAAAUAGGAAAUAUGAAAACCAUCAUAAUCCAGGUAAGCUGGAUUGUUUGAGGUAAAAGAGCACAAUGCUGACUCUUCCCUUUGAUGAUCCUGUCAUAAUGGACAGUCAAUUUGGGGCAAACUUUCCACGGGACUGCGUGGGUGAAAUGAAGGUCACUAAACAAGAGCCAUUUAAAAAGGAAGAGACGCUCACGAUGGAGGACGAGGAUUCGGAGAAGGAUGAGGAUGAACGGGAAGACGGACAGGACGAGAAUGGUCUGCCUCGGAGGAGAGGGCCUCGGAAAAAGAAAAUGACCAAAGCCAGGGUGGACCGGGUCAAGAUGAGGCGCAUGGAGGCCAACGCCAGGGAGAGGAACCGAAUGCACGGUCUGAACAACGCCCUGGACAGUCUGCGCAAGGUGGUGCCCUGCUACUCCAAAACCCAGAAACUAUCGAAAAUCGAAACCCUGCGGCUGGCCAAGAACUACAUCUGGGCGCUUUCCGAGAUCCUGAGCACUGGGAAGAGGCCUGACCUCCUGACCUUUGUUCAGACCCUGUGCAAAGGGCUCUCGCAGCCCACCACCAACUUAGUGGCCGGAUGCCUGCAGCUGAAUGCCAGGAACUUCAUCACGGAUCAGAUCAACAGCGAGACGUCGUUCUCCAGCAGGUCACCGUAUGAAUCCGUGUACACGACCUACCACAGUCCGGGUGUGGUGACGCCCUCGGGACCCUCGGUAGAUGCGGUCAAACCCUUCAGGCCAUUCAACUACUGCAGCUCUUAUGAGUCUUUCUACGAGAGUGUCUCGCCGGAAUGCGGAAGCCCUCAGUUUGACGGUCCCUUAAGCCCGCCUAUUAACUUUAACGGGAUCUUUUCCCUCAAGCACGAAGAGCCGGUCGAAUACGGAAAGAGCUGCCACUACAGCACGCGCUACUGCGCCGUGCCGCCGCGCUCCUCCAUCAGCCAGAGCGCGAGAGGCUCCUCGGAUCUCCAUUUCCCAUAUGACAUUCACCUCCGCGGCCAGUUUUACCCCAUGCAAGACGAAGUAAACACUUUUCAUAAUUAAUGAGAGAAAGUCAAACGUGAGUGAAAAGGACUGAAACUGCAGGACUUUCAAUCGCACAUGUAUAAUUAUAAAGUCAUCUCUGAUUUGGGUUUUAAGCCAUCGGAUAUUUUAUUAUUUAUCCUUUUUAAUUAAAUUGGAAACGUACUUGUUCCUAAUUAUAGAUUUUUUAAACUGUUCGACAAAAUAUGUGAUCUGAUGGAAAAACAAUUCAUAAACAAUAACUGUU